AUGACUUUCUCGGAGGCUGAUAUACCAAGGCUAUCUGGCAAGGUCGUUAUUGUGACAGGAGGCAGCAGUGGUAUUGGCAAGCAGACCGUUGCCGUGCUUGCAUCCCAAGGAGCCAAAGUGUAUCUAGGAGCUCGCUCGGCGGACAAGUAUCAAAGCGCUUUGGAUGAUAUACAUGCGACGCACCCGAAGACUCUUUCGGCAAACAUCAAGUUUCUAAAAGUUGAUCUUUCCAAGGCCGAAGGGGCAAGAUGUGCUGCCGCAGAGUUCUCUAGACAGGAAAAUUCGCUUCAUAUCCUCUUCAACAAUGCUGGAGUUAUGGGAACCCCGAAAGGCAAACUUUCCGACGAUGGAUACGAAUUUCAAUGGGCAGUGAAUAUGUUUGGCCCUUUUGUCUUCACAGAGCAACUUCUGCCUUUGCUAUUACAAACAGCACGCACAAGCCCAAAAGGCAGCGUUCGCAUUAUCAAUACAGCCUCAAACGGCGCGAAACGGGCACCAAAGACGGGUAUUCCACUGGGAAACCCAACAGCGUGGUUGUCCUGCACACCCUUUGAAUGUUAUGGCAUCAGUAAAAUCGGAGUGAUCUUAUGGACGAGACACCUCGCCAAGAUGCAUCCCUCAAUUCUGAGUUUCGCUCCUCACCCAGGCCCCGUGCAAUCGAAUCUUACGAGAGAGCUCAAAAUCCCGAAGUUAGUUAUGUGGAUAUUGAAUAGAGUCGUCUUCAAACCGGUACAGCAUGGAGCUCUGACCCAACUGUAUGCAGGAACAUGUCCGACUUUAUCCGAGAACGAAAAUGGAUCAUACCUUGAGCCAGUAGCGAAAAUCCAGCCCAAUCUACCUCAUCCGCAGUGCAGUGAUGACACUUUUGCCGAACGUAUAUGGCAAUGGAAUACUGAAGCAAUGAGGAAGGCACUGGGGGAGCUUCCUGAGGCAUAG